AACUCCAUGGUGUCUAUGUCUAACAUGUGAACCGCACUGUCUUCCAUGCUCUACAUAAAUAGUUUCUUAUCCUCAUAGUUGCACACUGCAUGGAUUUUAACAAAGUUACAUUUCCAAUAUGGUAGGAUAGGUUGUUGUUGUAGAGCGCCUUGUUGUCAUGUCCCCGCAGUGCCUGUAGUGGUGCUGUGAGGAGUCUGUUGUGGAUCCAACAAAUGUCCUCAGCAGCCUACCUACGGCUUGUAAUUUGCGCUGGUUAGCCUGUGUUUUCAUGGCUCCUUAUUUCAAGAAAAUCCGAGCUCGAUGAAGACCGCCGUUUACCAUCCUACCUGGAUUAUCGAUGCCCGAGUAGCUUAGCUGAUUCUAAUAGACAUUUCGGCCGACUAUCUGGAGCGAAUACCGUGCACAGCCCAAACCUAUUCAAGCUGAUGUUUUCAAGGACAAGAGUCACGUGAUGUAUGAAGGCAAACACAUACACUUCUCAGAGGUGGACAAUAAGCCGCUGUGCUCCUAUAGUCCAAAGUUGUGCAAGCAGCGCCGGUUAAAUGGGUAUGCUUUCUGCAUCCGGCAUGUUCUGGAGGACAAGACGGCUCCUUUCAAGCAGUGCGAAUAUGUUGCAAAGUACAACAGCCAGCGAUGCACCAACCCCAUCCCCAAGUCUGAGGAUCGCAGAUACUGUAACAGCCACCUGCAGGUUCUCGGCUUUAUCCCGAAGAAGGAACGCAAGAAAAAACACGAUGCUAUAGAGGAAAUGCGUCCACGGGCUCACCUGGAGUCGGUGGCUCUCAACAUAACUGUGCCCUCUUUAGCUCUGAGAGCGACCAAUGGCAUAGAUGAACUUCCACCAUCUCCCCCCUGCUCACGCCUGUUACCCCUCGCCGAUGGCGAACUCCUGGACCCUUUUGCCUUCUAUGAGGAUGAAAUGGACGGAGAGGAGGUGGGCGCUCCUCGAAAGGGGAGCAGCAUCAAGAAGAAGCUACAGAGUCGGCUGGCGCUCAACCAGAAACUCCCCCAAGACACAGAACUUUUCCAGCCAACGCCUGAGCACUUUACGGUCUCGCCAGUUCCGCGCAUCCACCCCUCGUCACCGCUCAACGCUCAUUUACCGCGACAGGCAUCGGGUCUCUUACAGCCACCUCAGCAGUGCGGCGUGACAUCUUUUUCCUUCCCAGCACAGCAGCAGGGUUUAUUAUGCAAUCCACCACCACCUCAGACAGUCAACUUUCUGCCUCCGGGGAUGCCUGCAAACGCAUUGCCCAGUUCAGCGCAAUAUUUUGGACCAUCGCUCAGCAGGAAAAUGCCUUCCGCUACGACACAACCGCCUGUCUCCUGCAAAGAUGGUGGCAGUACCAAUCAGAGGCACAUGGUCGUCAUGCACCCCACGGCCUUCUCCCCUUCUGCCCACUGCCUUGCUAGGUUGCAACACCUGGUGCAGCUCUGUGCUAAGAGACAGAGAGAGCAUGGAGAUCUCUUCUCACAUCUAGGUCUGGAUUGGUCAGAAGACAGCGCCGAUGACGAUGACGAAGAGGAUGUGGAGAGAGCUGCUCCUUUUCAGAGUCCAGGGAGACCAGAGAACAGGUCUGUCUCUUUAAAGUGCUUAACCUCACCAUAUAACGUUGGAACGUCUCGUCGUCAUGUUAAUGUUAUUCUCCUGUGCAGCUUGGAGGGCGAUGGCGGUUCUUCGCGUAGAGCGCGCCUCCUGCGGCUUUGCUCCUACCUGCGGGAGAAGUACAAGCACAUGUGUAGACAGGAUAGGGCGAGUAUCCGUCAGAAGAGGUAUCGUUAUGCCUUCCGGAAAGCCUUGCUGCACGCCGCCAACAGCAACCCAGACUGCGCGGGGCAGCUGAUCCAGGAGCUGGGUGGAAACUCUCAUAGCCAUUCAUGUGGGCUUCCAGCAAGGCCCCGGAGCACAGAAGCGGUGACUUGUACCGGCUCCACCAAGGGCCAGACCUGCACCAACAGAGCUCUGCCCUUCACUCAGCACUGUUUUCAGCACAUACUGUUGAAUCGUUCUCAGCAACUAUUUGCUAGUUGCACAGCCAAAUUUGCAGACGGUCAACAGUGCUCCAUCCCCGUGUUUGAUAUCACACACCAGACGCCGCUCUGUGAAGAGCAUGCCAAAAAGAUGGAUAAUUUUCUAAGGGGUGACGGCAAUCGGAGGGUGCAGCACCAGCAGCAGAGAAAGCCACGGAAAAAGACCAAACCGCCAGCACUCACCAAAAAACACAAGAAGAAAAGAAGGAGAGUGCCGCAGAGGCCCCAGAAACCCAUCCCGCCAGCGCUGCCGCAGGGAAACCUGGGAAUGCCUUUGACGAGCCUCGUGAUGCCCCCACAGGCUGGCAUCAGGAGCCCCUCGACCCCAGACCUGAGCACAGACGAACUUCCUGAUGACAUCACCAACGACAUGGCAGACAUUCCAAAUGACCUAGAGUUAAACCAGGAGGAUUUCUCAGAUGUGUUGCCGCGGCUACCUGAUGACCUGCAAGAUUUCGACUUAUUUGAAGUGAAGAACGGGGAGCUGCUUCCCACCACAGAGGAGGCUGAGGAACUGGUCCGUGCCCUGCAGGCCAUGGGCUCCUACCCAGACUCGCUGGUGUGCCUGACCUCCAUGGCCGAUCUGGCCUCGGCGGACGGAGUGGACAACCGUGCCCUGACGGUGUUUCCUGGCCCGGUCCAACCGGGCGGCAUGGGGGACCUGCUCAACACACGCAUCCCUGCUGAGAACUUCACCAGCCUGGAGUUGGAGGACAAUCUGCUACAGGCCGCCGGGAACCACUUCUCCCCAUCUCUGCCAUCCCAGCCGGCCAACCAGCCCCCUCCAUCGUGCUCCACGCUGACCUCGCCUUCCUCCGUGGCGGCCACCACCAGCAUCCCCCUGCUCACGCAGACCUCCAUAACAGAGAGGACGUUUUCUCGGACGCAUGUCCUGGCAAAGUCUGAGGUUUCCGCCUCGUCUCCGCAGGUCAGCCACUACAGCAGCGAGCAUGUGCCAUCCCCGUACAGUGAACACAUAUCGUCCCCGCACGCCGCCUCCUUCCACACAGACACCCCCCUGCUGCUGGAGGUCCCUCUCAGCGGGGUUCCGGGGACCCCCCGCUCUACAUGGAACAACCUCCCCCUCACAGACCCCACGCCGUUCGGCAAUCUCAUCAGGUCGGAGAGUCACCUCAUCACCACUUCCUUGUCCACGCCGCCCGCCACCACCCAUUCUGUAACGCUGCAGCCGAUGGCGGCUUUGUCGGCGAUGCCUCAGGGCGCCGUGACAGGUUUAACCGCUCCCCCUGUCCCCUCGUCCUCUUCCUCCUCCUCACACGAACACCUGUUGACCCCCACACAGCCCAAGCAGCAGCUCCCUCAGUUCAGCGCGGCCUUCGGCCAUCAACUGGCCUCCCACAGCGGCAUCCCGAAAGACGUGCAGCCCAGUCACAGCUCCACGGCGCCCCCUGCCGGCUUCUCAAUAGUUAGUGCCACCACUGCAAGUGCCAACAGCGCCACGCCGCCCUUCACGCAAAGUAAAUGAUUAAGCAG